AAAUGUUCCCGCAUUAUCAGACCGUAAAAAAACCGGCUAUUAACUAAUAACCCGAUAUUGUCAAAUACGUUACUUUCAUCUAUGUCCAUGUAUCAAAAUGAAACUAACUCAUAAUUCUGUAGAUUAUUUAGAGUAAUACGAAGUGUCUUUAUCGAACGAUCUGUUUUUCUAAGAUCCAAGUUUUGCUUGAGAAGACAUACUGUUUUGCUGAAAAUGACAGCCUUGUAUCUAAACAAUAACAACUCAUUCAACGAGUUUGUUGCAUACGCUAGAACCGCUCAUGCUUAUUCAAUAUAACCACUAUCUAUAGCGAUUACUGCAUAUUUGAAAUAAAGAUGCUAAUGUGAAGUGACCAAAAAACUUAGCAUAACAAAGAUGUACUACAUGCUUCGAUGGGCUAAUAAAUCUGCGGAGAUUUGUAUGUGAUAAUCGUUGACAUGAUCUAAGUGUGAGUCAGCGUAAAAUGGUAUACGAUGAAACACGACGACUCGAUAUCCUACAACGAUUAUACGAAAGCAACACCCUGGACAGCACCAGCAAUGCUAUCAAAUGCAUCUUCUUUAGUCCGUUAACGUUGAUUGACCUAUGUGACACUAAAGCCUCAGUCGCUUGCUAAGUAAACAGUCGGGUAAGGUGAUUAAAUUCUCCGACGGUCAGAAUUUAUUACAGAAGCUUUGAUAUAGAAUGUUGACAUUCUAAGGUUAAAAUUUCUGGAGCUAAACUGUAUUGUUAUUUAGCGCUGCUAUUUAGCAAAAAUAAAAACGCCAUUCAAAACAUCUCGGCCUGGACUUCGAUCGCGGAUUCAUAAGUUACUCAUUCUGUAACGCAGCAUAAUGUACAAACGACCGAGUAACAGUGUCCAGGAGCCGCGUUAUCGUUGUUUUUAUCAUUUUUCACCGUCAUCUAUCCAAGCAAGGCUUCUAUGCGCGACUGCGAACAGCGCGAGGUAUCCUUGCAAUUAACCUUUGUGAAACUAUCUUUGGUUCUAUUGUUGUUGUGUGUAUGCGUUCUGUUUUGUGAGUGUUCCGAUUCUGUGGGGCCUGCACUUCGCGCCCUUUCAAUUGGCGUCAACCUAGGGGGAACAGAGCAACCGGCAAUGGUAUCGAGCAGGUGCUGUGGUCACUGAUCGCGGCGCGGCAUUGAUCGUUGGGAUGGCGGCGCCCAGCCCAGGAGCAGCAGCACCACCACAUACUUCUUCUGCUUCCUCUACGACGGCAGCUGCUGCUGCCUCUGGCCAGGCCUCGAGCCCUGGCGCGUGUAGGCUUCACGAGAAAUUUGAAAAUUACCACGAGAUCAUCGUGGUCGGCGCAGGUAUCGCUGGUCUAUCGGCUGCCUAUCACAUAAUGAAGGCGCAAAAUGACAGCGAUGUGUUAGUUCUGGAAGCUCGGGAACGUCUUGGUGGACGAGUGUUGCACGCAAAGUUAGGUGACACGCAGGUAGAGCUGGGUGCUCGCUGGAUUCACGGCGUCCUCGGUAAUCCACUCUACGAGUUUGCUGUGUCGCAGGGCCUUGUAGGCUUAAACGAUCAGGCUUCAAUGCAACAUAAUGUGGUAGUUACUACGGAACGGGGCUCGCAGAUUCCCCUAGACCUUAUCGAUGAGGUGUACUCAGCGUAUUUUUGGUUCAGCAAACGCUGUGAAGAAUACCAUUUGACGAGGUUGAAGCCACCCCCUGAAUUUGACAAUUCUGUCGGCAAACAUAUUCAACGCGAUAUUGAUGGCUAUCUGAAGAGGUACUCGGGUGAGGAAAAAAAAGUUCGUCAAAUGAUCUUCACGCACGUAAAGGAUCGAGACGCAUGCAUUGCCGGUGCGGAUUCGAUGGAUACCGUCUCCCUUGAGGAUUUUGGAGCUUUUGCGGAACUGCCUGGUGGGAAUGUAAUUUUGGGCAAAGGAAAGAAAUCGUUUUUCGAAUUGUGUUUACGGCUAGCUGAACCUCUAGGUUCGGACCGUAUCAAGAUGUCAUGCAGGGUAAACAAGAUUCGUUGGAAGAUGAUCUCGGGCGACCUGUACGACUGUGAUACCGUGCGUGUGGAAACCUCAGCAGGCCUCUUUCACUGUUCGCAUCUAAUUGUCACUCUACCAUUGGGCGUACUGAAGGAGUCAGUUGACCUGUUCGUCCCGCGUUUGCCCUCAAUGAAAACCCAAGCUGUUGACAGAUUGCAGUUUGCCACUGUUAAUAAACUGUACAUACUUUUCAAUAGACCUGUAUUAAAUAAGGAGAUUGAUGAGGUGCUUUGCCUGUGGGAACCUUGCGACACGUAUAUUGAGUCAGAGUGGUGGAAAAAGAUUUACUCAUUUAGCAAAUUAUCGGACACUAUUCUCUGCUGUUGGCUGUCAGGACUCGAGGCCGAAUUGUUGGAGCAUCUAUCCGACGAUGAAGUGAUCACGCGAAUUACUGAAGUUCUACGAGGAUUUCUGGCCGACCCAUACGUACCACGUCCAGUGCAGGUUGUUUGCUCAAGGUGGAAAACAGAUCCAUAUAGUCGUGGUUCGUAUACCAGCAUCAGCUCUCAGGCCUCACAACAGGACAUCGAUAAUCUUGCUAAGCCUCUGUACACCGGACCAUUUCAGAGUAAGCCAAAGGUCUUGUUUGCAGGUGAGGCAACUCACAGCACUUUCUACUCAACGGCCCACGGAGCCUUUAUCUCAGGUCAAAGGUGCGCCAACCUUCUGACGACCGGCGAUCCUGAAUCAUGUGAUUUUCCCGAAGGUUGGAUUAAUUCUUCAUCGCGAAGAUCCAGUACUGCCGACCUAUCGUCAUGGCUUAAAGGAAUCGACAUCCGAAGACAAAUCCGCUAAGGUCUAAACCAGUUACAAAUGCGAUAUCUAAAGAGUCCAGUCAUUUAAAAUCUUACUGUGCAUGUUCUAGCACAUGCUUGUAUAUAACUGUACAGAACGAAGUAGCCGGUACAAGAAGCUGAUGAGUCACAAUAUUACUCCUCGAUUUUUUAUGCAUUUCAAGGUAAUCGGCUAUAACAGGAUAUUUCUUUGUUUACAACGUACUUACUGUGAGCAGGCAUUUUCAACUUAUUCGUAUUAAAAAAUAGGGAAAUCAGCGUUACAUAAAUGGUUAGAUAUCAUGUCUUUCCACUGCAUCAUAUAUUAUGUAUGUGUCUCAAACUGUAGUAUAAUAUUUAUUUCCUGCUAGUUUUUAUGAGUAUCUAAUUGCUUGUCUCUAACACGUUUAGUAGAUGUGUUUUUCCUUCUUAGGGCGAUUGUAUUAAAGUAGAAGUCAUUCUGAGAAAUUCAACUAAAAGGAAUAUCAACCGCAGACCAGAUAUUAUGUAUGUGAACUUUUACAAAUGGGAUGAAGACGCGCAACACAUGCAGCCAUCCUAAAACCAUUGCCAAACUAUUAUUAUGUAAGCUUGUUGUGGGUACAAAAAACUUGUGUGUUUGAAGUGAGAAUGAACGAUAAUACUUGUUAUUAUCUUUUAGUAAAAAUUUUUUAUUUUAUAAAAGCUUAAACCUCGUAGCGUCUAUACUACUCAAUAAACAGUGAUAUCUGCAAGACGGUGGAACUCAACUUCGAAUAUGAAUAAAUAUCACAAGUAGGAAGUGUGUGGAUAUUUAUGUUAUUUAGCCAAUGGCUCUUCUUGGAUCCGUUUCGAAAGCGGCUAUUCUGGUAUAGGUAUCGUGCUCGUCCACCUUCUGCUAUUUUUAGUGGUAGUAGCCUGAUCUAUUACAUUCGGUUCCGUCGAAUUGUGUAGCUUGUGUACUAAUGUCCACUUGUAUUCUAACAGGUACAGAUAAUGCUUAGGCGCAUCAGACAUUGAAAUUAUCAUGGUGCAAUAACCACAUCUCGUGUAACAAUAACUUUGUGUAAGAAGAAAUGAUAAACGGCAAUUAUAUGCAAGCAUAAUCGGACAUUUAUCGCUUCCUUGUUAGUUAGUUCGUUUUUAUUUUUUUCCUCCUGUAAAUUUGGUAAGCCAGAUUAUCAUUUUUACAAAGACAUUUCCGUAUUAUGGUUUCAACCAGAGGCCGAAUUUACGGUACCUACGUACUGUGAUCACACAAGAGUAACGGCCGUCUUUGAAAAUGGUCGCACUCCUAGCGUCUUUUUUAUUAGGCACACCGCGCACGACGGAAUGCGAAGUAAUCUGUCGAUCAUUACAAACAACAUUAACAGCUUCACUGUGACGUAAAUGCCGCUAGACGAAAUCAUUUAUUAUGCUUCUUUUUCCGAUUUCUAAAAAUUGCGUAAAUGCCAACAUCAUUGUCUGAGCAAACUUUAAGUAAAAUAGUAUUCAUAUUAGGGUUGCCUUAAUGUCUAUACAUGCUAGCCAAAGCUGUAGUGAAAUAGUCAACGGGUCUCUGCCAAUAGAAUGGCGCGAAUCAACAGAAACCAAAUCGCUAUCGUGUAUUUAGCACAAGCGAGUUCCAUUGUUCACCAUGGUGCCAUUUGGCCUAUGUCCGUUGCUCUUCAGCUGUCGUUGCGACUAACACUGUUGUCGUGGUUGUUAUCAUCGUUGUUGCCACUACGAGUGCCAGCAGCAACAGCAUAGCGCAAGGGGAUUACACGAACCCAGCUCGUGCAAAGGGGAUGAUACGAGAGACCUUCUCGCCUUUUUUUUGAAGAUUAGACUGUACAGUGUGGCGAUAUAAUAUGCAAGCAACCGAGAGAGCCAUUGCAGUGAUACACACAGUCAGGGAGGAAUCCAGCUAGGGUAACCGAAUUACAUUUUGCUUGCUGGGAAAGAAAACAUGGCUAGAUCAACGCAGCCAGAUUAAGUGAACGAAGAGAAAGAGUACAUCGUUCAGAAAAGGCGUCUGACAGGCCCAGACAUAGUCAUUUUACUGUCUUCUAAUCGUCUGCACCGGGGCAGCUAACAUGGCCCAUUAGCCAGGCUUAGCGAACCGGUAGCUUUUGUCAUCUGAAAACAACAAAAGAAGGAACAAAUCGCCAAGUCGACACGGAAUGCCAGCUUAUCUAUAAAGAUCAAUCAAACGUAGACUAAUCUCUUGCUGAUCAGCAUUUUUCGCAAUGAACUGAUGGACGCCAGAUAAAGACCAUAGUUCACAAGAUAUUGACCAGAAUAAUUCGAAUGAGGCAUGCCAACUACAAUACAACAAUACAAUGAUGUCAAGUAAAGUAACACCACAAGAAUAUUAACAACAUUUAUAGUUUAACAGCAUCUAUAACAAUACCAAAAGUAUUACGAUAAUUUGUAUACAGUUUGGUAAGACAUUACGUAUUUUCCCCUGUGGUAGCUUAUUACGUUUGUGUGUAGGUGUGUGUAUAUAUGUUAAGUGGCGUUAAAAUAGAAUACGUUGUUCUUUCUCAAGUAUCAUCCAAACAGGCAAUUAAGAUAUUACUAAUAAAAGCCAGUAAGACAGACGCAGAAAAAUACUGAAGAAAACAUGUGAAAGAAUGUGUCUGACGAUGGCUUGACCAUGCCGUUAGAGCCCGCGCAAAUUUUAAGUGAAAGCAAAAAAAUAGUUAUUAAAAAAGGUAUUUAGAUCUAGUAAAUAGAUGAGAUCUAAUUAGGGAUCUAAUUAUAGCGAAAAAUUUAAUUUAUCUGUUCUGUCUGUCCACCCACUGUUGAUCUACUUUAGCGAUUGCCUUUUCUAGUUCAACAUUAACUUACGAAGAAGGAGUCUAUAAUCAAUAUGCGCAUACUUGCACGAAAGAGUAGUUUAAGUAAUCUAAUUGAACGAGAUAAUUACCAGGUGUCUGGCUAGAAAAGAAAGUAUAAAAAUGUAGAUUGUGUUUCCAGUGAAGGAAAGACACAAAAUAGAAAUAAAAGAAAUAAAGAAAUUCAUAGUGAAUGUACGAAUAGACCCAGCGGCGCAGCAUCUAUUUUCUGGCGAAAAUGAUGGCCUCAGGGGGCUCUUUUUAAGAGUAAAAGUUGUUUCAAGAGUGGAUAAUUGUAAAUGGUUGGACAGUUCAACUUUGUUUACACAACAGCAGUUGAAAAAUAAAGUAAAUAAAUGAAAAAAUAACUAAAUGUUAUUUUUAUACAUUGUUUUUUCACUGCGUGCUGGCUUUACUAGGGUAGAGAUGAAUAAGCGUGUUCGGUAAUACUAUGCACGUGCUACGUUUUCCUUAAGGUUUACGUAAGUCGUUCCACUUGCGCCUAGAUACAUCCAUGAAAGGCUGUUUACUGAACGUGUGAUUAUUGUAUGCGUAUUUUAAAAGUAUCGUUUUCUAAAUGCAACUGCAUAUCAUAUGAAAAUAAAUGAAUAUGUCCAAGGUUUUCUACAAUUCUAUUAUAUUUGGCGAG